UUUCCCACUGAGACAACUCCGCUUCUCGCUUGACCUGACAUGAACGCGACUGAAUCCAGAACGCGCACGCCGGCUGACGGUAAAUACGUCACUAGAGCGCGCCCUCGCUCUUUCUUUCUCUCGUCCUGAAGAUGGCGGCAGGGACUCUGUACACAUACCCAGAGAACUGGCGGGCCUUCAAGGCCCAGAUCGCAGCCCAGUACAGUGGUGCCCGUCUGAAGGUAGCCAGCAAUGCCCCUGCCUUCACCUUCGGCCAGACAAACCGUACUCCAGCCUUCCUCAGCAACUUCCCUCUCGGCAAGGUGCCUGCCUACCAGGGGGAUGACGGUCUCUGUCUGUUCGAGAGUAAUGCCAUUGCUCACUACUUGGGCAAUGAAGCCCUGCGUGGUGCCACGCCUCAGGCUGCAGCUCAGGUGCUCCAGUGGGUGAGCUUUGCUGACUCCGAGAUCAUCCCUCCAGCCAGUGCUUGGGUUUUCCCUACGCUGGGAAUCAUGCAGUUCAACAAACAGGCCACAGAGCAGGCAAAAGAGGAUAUUAAGAAGGUCCUCGCUGUUCUGAACCAACACUUAAACACGCGUACCUUCCUGGUGGGAGAGCGAGUCAGUCUUGCUGACAUCACCGUCGUCUGCUCCAUGCUGUGGCUCUUCAAACAGGUCCUCGAGCCCUCCUUCCGUCAGCCUUUCCCCAAUGUGACUCGUUGGUUCACCACAUGUGUCAACCAGCCUCAGUUCAAGACCAUCCUCGGUGAAGUCAAGCUGUGCGAGAAGAUGGCCCAGUUUGAUGCCAAGAAAUUUGCUGAAAUGCAGCCCAAGAAGGAAACGGCUGCCAAGAAAGAAAAGGCACCAAAGGAGGGAGCCAAGCCCCAGGAGAAGAAAGAGAAGAAAAAGGAGGAGAAGAAACCUGCUGCCGAAGAGGAGAUGGAUGAGUGUGAAGCUGCCGUGGCUGCUGAGCCCAAAACCAAGGAUCCCUUCGCAGAACUUCCAAAAAGCACCUUCAUCUUCGACGAGUUCAAGAGAAAGUACUCCAACGAGGACACACUCAAAGUUGCCCUUCCAUAUUUCUGGGAGAACUUUGACACGGAGGGGUAUUCCAUCUGGUACAGCGAGUACAAAUACUCCAACGAACUGGAUGCCAUCUUCAUGAGCUGCAACCUUAUCUCAGGAAUGUUCCAGCGUCUGGAGAAGCUGAGGAAGAACGCUUUUGCCAGCGUGUGCUUGUUUGGCGUCUCCAAGGACAGCAGCAUUUCUGGCAUCUGGGUCUUCAGAGGGCAGGAGCUGGCUUUCAAACUCUGUCCCGACUGGCAGAUCGACUACGAGUCAUACGACUGGCGCAAGCUGGAUCCCAACAGCGAGGAAUGCAAGACGAAGGUGAAGGAGUACUUUGCCUGGGAGGGAGAAUUCAAGCACGUGGGUAAAGCCUUCAACUCGGGAAAGAUCUUCAAAUAAGAUGGUUGAAACAUACGCACUCUGCCCGACGGCUCUUCAGCACCGAAAAAAACAAACAACUUAUAAACUCUCUGCUGCCAUGCACUUAACCAUCUGCAAGAACGACUGGGUGUAAGAAGAGUUUUUCUUUUCAAUAAAGUAUUUCCCACAAUGGCAACGUGGAAAUGGGUCUUGAUCUUCUUUGUGUGUCCUUCCUGGACUGAAGUCGCCAGACCUUCACUUGCUCAGAUCUGGCGCAGUGACACGUCUUCACCUAGACGACCAGCUGACAUCCUGAUGCAAUGCCUGACCCACCUUUUAUGGAUCCAUUUCAAUGUGAGGAAGCCAAGGCCAGUCACAUGGUCUGCCUCCGCAGUGGCCUGACUACAGUGUGGCAACUAAUAUACUGAGCCUUGGCCACAUGUUGGUCUUAGAAAUGUCAUGUGCUUUCUGUAUAUGGUUCAUCGUGCAAGCGUCCACUGCCGUGGAUCAGGGACCGGCGUGUGGUCCCACUGCUCAGCCUGCCUGCUUUGGUCUGUUGCGGUUCACCCAACACAGUGAUGUGGCCUGUUCACCAAACCUUCAGUCCAGGAGGAUG